GUGUCAACGGGAACCAUUCUUGAGAAACAGGCAACACGUGGGGGCGUAGGCCUAGGCAAGAGAGAAUCCUGCUAAAACAAAAAUCUCUGCUUUACCCAGGCCAGCCAAAUCCACCUUGCAAGCGCCAACAUGGAGAUUCAAGUACUACAAGCAGGUACUGGCAAGCCAGUUACAAAGCUAUCAGAGCUUUCCAAGACUUCCACGAUAGCUGAUGUCAAAGCUAAAAUUUACAAAGAAAAGAGGAAAUUUUAUCCUGAUCGUCAGGCAAUCAAAUCUUCACUCAAAGGGAAAACUCUGAAGGAUGAUGAUACGUUGGCAAACCUUGGCCUUUCUGACGGUGGUGAGCUGUACCUAAAAGACCUUGGUCCACAAAUUAGGUGGAAGCUGGUGUUCUUGUGUGAGUAUACAGGACCGUUGCUUGCGUACUUGUUUUUUUAUCUUAGACCGGCUUUCAUCUAUGGCACGGAAGCAGUGAACCAACCUAUGCAUAAAGCUGUCCAUAUCGCAGCUGCAUGCUGGACAUUCCAUUAUGCAAAACGUUUGCUUGAAACUUUGUUUAUUCAUCGGUUUUCACAUGCCACAAUGCCCAUCAGGAACUUGUUCAAGAACGUGUCUUACUAUUCGGGAUUUGGUGCAUACGUCUCCUACUACAUGAACCACCCUCUCUAUACUCCUCCAGUUUAUGGGGACGUUCAAUUAUAUAUUGGACUUGCAACAUUUUUGUUAAAUGAAUUUGGGAAUUUUUCUAUUCAUCUCGCUCUACGAAAUCUUAGACCACCUGGCACCAAAGAGCGCCGUAUUCCCUACCCGACUUCUAACCCCAUGACUCUAGCAUUUGCGUUUGUCAGCUGUCCAAACUAUACAUAUGAAGUCGGUGCCUGGCUCGGUUUUACGGUGAUGAGUCAGUGUAUGCCUGCCGGUCUGUUCACGCUUGCUGGUCUGUACCAAAUGGCGAUGUGGGCCAUGGGCAAACACCGCAACUACAAAAAGGAAUUUUCAUCGUAUCCACGCAGCAGAAAAUGUAUCAUUCCGUUUCUCCUGUAAAAGCCUACUAAUGUGAAACUGUCCUGGUUACUGAUGAAAAUUACUAUUUGAAGGUAUACUGCCUUCAAGGAAUAUCAAAUAUUCAAUUAAAACAUUAAUUACUCAUUUGGAAGGGUCAAAUGAGUUUAUUAACUUAAUGAAACACUAAUUGAAACAAUUAAUAGGAUAUUUUUACAGAAAUUUUACUUUGUUAAUCGGUGAGGAUGACUAUUUUUCUCAUAUUUUCCUCAGCUGAAUACUAAUAACACGGUUUGCAAUUCAGGUACGAUAUUUGAAUAAACGACCCGCUUUGAAUAUUAAAUGUUGCUUGAAUUUUAAACACCCCCUGGAAACAACGCAAUCCUCAACACUAUUCUAUUAUCCAUGUUUUAUUCUUGUAGAAUUUAAUUAUGACUGAUCUGGAAUCCUAGCUAUAAUAAUAAUACAAUAACAUUUUGUGACAAUAAUUUUGUGUUGUGAACUACAUUUUGAGUGAAGUGAAAGGUUGUAUGUAUUUAAGUAUAUUAUACAUAUCAUUUUACACUCAGAAAAAUAAACACCUUCCCCUCUCCCUACCCCCCCAUCCUCCUCCAAAAAAAAAAAACCUCUCUGAACAACAAAGCUCUGGGGAUUUUAUUCAAAUAAAUAUGGUAUUGGAUUUAACUCAACGUAUGGGGCUUGCCGUGCCAAAAGUGACCAGAACAAUAAAAAUUGACUUUUUAACAUAUACAUAUUCUCUACAUUAUAAGCUUUAAAAUGAUAGGUCAUUUUAUGGAAUCAACCUUAAUAUUGGGGGGUCUCAAGCCAAAAUUUUGAAUUUCAAAUAUUUGUAAUUAGACAAAAAAAAAAUUAAAUUUUCUAAAAUCUUUUUUGUUUUGCCAAAGUUAUGAGUAAAAGUAAUACUAAGUAUACAAUACUGCCACAUUGUUAUGCAUACUCAGUUUAACAUUUAGCAACAGUAACAGUAUGUUGGUUUUGGUAUGCAGGCCUCAUUUGGUUGACAUCAUGAAAGUAACAAGCAAUUAGCAAAUACUUUUGUCAGAGAUCUCUGAGAUAUUGAUUGAUGAUGUCAGCUAUUGAUCUAUUCUAAAUGAUUAUUUUUGUUUUAUUAUGACACUUCUGUACUAAUUAACAUUCCUACCUUUUUCAUGUCUCAUUUUUAACCACCUCAUCUGUCACAUUACAAGUGAUUGUUUUUUUUAAUACUGUACAUUUUGCUCUUUUAGAGGUUGUUAAAUAAUUUUUGAUUAAACCGAAAUGCAAUCAAUAAAUGUCCAUAAGGUUUGCCUGCCAAGUAAAAAUUGAUUGGAUUUGUAAAAGAGCAUCGGUUAGAGGUUUGUUAUCCAGUUCGUCCAUUUAGUCUUAAGUAUCACAUCCUAAUAAAUACCGAGUGGAAACAAACAUAUAUAAUAUAUAAUAAUAUAUAAUUCCAGAAGAUCUACAGUGUCAGAUCCAGAGCUAGGUAUCCAAAAUAAGGGGACCAGGAAGGGGAUUUCACAGAUGGAGGGUCUAGACAACCUCAUCCCCACCAUGGUUGGGAGAGGGGUUUUAGGAAGGGGGUUCCCCUCCCUCUUUAAUGAGGUUUAUUUAAAAAUAGGGACAUCUGGAUGGCCAGAAAUGGCACCCUCAGACUUGAAAAAUACUUUUGAAUGUAAAGUUGAUAAAACACAAUUUGUUAUUAUAUUGUCAAACUUAACUCAAUAAACAUGCAUUUCAUUUUAUUAGGCCUAUUUUUUUUUUGGUCCGUCUGCCCGACAAGCUCUGGCUGGUUUGGGGAGUGGGGGCUUAAGCCAGCGCCGACGCCACCACUGUUUGUCACUGGCUUCCACAAAGGUAAAAAUGGAAGCACUAAAAUUUAGAAACAACCUCCAAUCAAAUGUUCAUUUCAGAAUCAACUCCCAGGUAUUUAAAUUGAUUAAAGCAGUAUCAAACUAUUGUUUGGAAAUUUACAAUGUGUUAAUACUUUACACGGUAUAAAGUAUUACUGCAAUAUCAUAAUGUUGAUUAAACUUCAUUGGUUUUAACAUACUGGUGCUGUACAUGCAUACUGGUUUUACCCAAAAGAAUAUUUUUCUAUAUAAAUUGAAGUAUAAGUCUCAUAACGACCAAACGGAUAAUUUUUUUGCAUUGGAUGAUUACCUAGUGAAUCAAAGAAACAAUCAAGAAUAUAAUAUUGAUUAUUGGUUCCAAGUUGGACAUUAUGUGCUAACCAGAUUAAAACUAUUAAUUCAUUUUAAAAUUGGGGUUUGUAUAUUAAUGAAGUUUCCUGAAAUUUGUUCAGUUUGAGUACAGUGAUUGCUCUUAUUUUAAAUUCAAGAUCAUUUUAAAGAGGUCUUUCGAAUGACUGCAGUGUGCUUAACACAGUGAAUACAGACAAAGAGAUUGCCAGGCAAAAUUAAUUGCAUUUAUUUACAAUGUAAUUGUAUGAUACACAGCGUAUUACAAUAAUUGUAUAUUAUUGAAUAAAAACCUGUUUGAACAGAGUGUCCUGGAA